AUGAUAUCAUUGCGGGGAAACAUAGGUUUGCUUACCCGGCGGCGCCACGCCGUUAUCACUCUCCACUCUGCAUUAGAGUUGUGUGGUGUCACACGUUACAAGAGUUCAUUACCCAACAGCGCAUUAACUGCUCGAACAGCGGAGGCCCUCUAUUCCAUGGAACAUUACCAUAAGCAAUGCCUCAAUGAGGAUGAGCGUCGGCAAGUCGAAGUGCAAGCUUGGGAAGAACUAAUGAACCUUCCUGAUGCUGCAGUGGAGGAUGCGUCCUCAAGCGUUGUCGCCGACAUUCUCGGUUCCUGGUGCUAUUUUUCGAAAUUUUGGGACCGAGGAAUACAAGGCCCCAACCCAUCAGACAGUCCUGAAGAAAACAACGUCAAAAAGGUCAAUGUUCCUCUAAUCGCAAGGGAAUUCCACCGACCCCAUUCCCCAUCAACAGUUGACACGGCACCACCACCCCGCGCGAAUCCACUAGAUGAAGUGCUGGACUUUUGA